GAGGCCGAGGCGCGCAACAUGGGCUGGCGGUUGCGGCACUGGCGGGAGGCGGCGACGCUGCUGCUAGCGGCAGGUGGGCCGUGCGCGUCUCCCCCUCGGCCCACGGCGGCAGCGGGCGUCUUCGACUACGAGCUGCUCCUCCUGCGGCGGAGCCCGCGCAGCGCCUUCCUGCCCAGUGCUCACGUCUUCCCGGGCGGCGUGGCGGACGCGGCCGACUUUUCGUCCGACUGGCUGCAGCUGCUGCCAGGCGGGCCGCGCUGCGGGCUGGGCUCGGUGCGGGGUGAGUGCCCGAGGGCACCGCUCUUCGCCGCCGAGCGCCCGGAGCUGGGCUCGCCGCUGCCGGGAGACGUGGCCUUCCGCCUCUGCGCCAUCCGCGAGGCCUUCGAAGAAGCCGGAGUCCUCUUGGUACUGCCCGGCCCGGUGGCUGAUGCCGCCGCCGCCGCCGCUGCCAGCGCGGACCCGGCCCGCCUGCUGCCAGCCGAGCGCCUCCCGCCGUCCUCGGAACUGGCUGAUUGGCGGCUGCGGGUGCAGCGGCAGCCCAGCAGCUUCUUGCAGCUGUGCCGGCAUCUGAGCUGCGUGCCCAACAUCUGGGCGCUGCGCGAGUGGAGCAACUGGCUGACCCCCGUGGGCCGUGCGGGGCGAGGCGGCCGCCGCUACGACACCGCCUUCUACCUCUGCUGCCUCGGGCAGGCUCCGCCGGUCGCCUCGCACGACGACAGGGAGGUGACGGCCUGCCAGUGGUCAACGCCCUCGGAAGCUGUUGAACUCUUUAAGUCCCAAGACAUCUCAAUAGCACCACCUCAAUUUUAUGAAUUCUGCAGACUCUGCAAUUUCACAUCACUUCAUGAUCUGCAUAGGUUUGCCUCUGAACGAGCCUUAGAAGGAUGUGAGCGUUGGAUGCCUGUUCUGAUGAUUGCUUCAGAUGGCCAUAUGCAGAUUUUACCAGGUGAUGAGCUAUAUCCAGAAGAUCCCGAUUUUACAGGAGAAAGAAAACCAAUGUUGAUGACAGAUAAAAAGAUUGAAGAUCUAAUGAAAGGCACCAGUAGACUUCACCGGAUAGUGACACAAGACCAUAAGAAUGUGAAUAUCUAUGUGAAUAUCCAACCCAAAUAUAAACACAUCAAUCCAAUAACAAUGGACUUUAAAAGGGGAAAUAAUUCAGAUUGCAAUAGUAAAUUAUAAUAUUUUAAAAAUAGUUUACAUAUUUUUAUACCUACCAACGCAAUGGCAGUUCCUGAAUAAGCUGCCCUGGGAGCUUCACAUCUUGCUAAGCAACAUGUAUUUCAAACGUAGCUGGGAUUAAUACAUUCUUGUGCCACUUUAUCUA